GAGACACCUUCUCCUUUCUGCUGUGCCUGCACGGGUGGCCAGAGCCACACAGCCCUUUCUUUAAGUCAGGAGUUGCCCUGUCAGAGCACAGGGCAAGAAGGAAGUGACAAAGGGACAGAGGGGGAGGCCCUGACAGGACUGCGAGAAUGGGAAACUGUCUGCUGAGAGAAAGCAGGUGGCAACAGAACACUCAAGAGGUGCCUUGGAAUCUGAGAAUGCAAAGCCCCAAACAGAGAACAUCCAGAUGCUGGGAUCACCACCUCGCUGAAGGGCGUUUCUGCCUUCCAUGGAAAAAAAUACGCACUUUUGAAAAGAGGCAAGAUUCCCAAAACGAAAAUAAAGGAAUGUCAUCUACUCCCAUCCAGGACAGUGUUGACCAGACCUACUCAGAGGAGCUGUGCUAUACCCUCAUCAAUCAUCAGGUCCUCUGUAGAAGGCCAUCAGGGAACUCUGCUGAGGAGCACUAUGAGAAUGUUCCCUGCAAAGCUGAGAGACCCAGAGAGUCCCCAGGAGGAACUGAGACUGAGUAUUCACUUCUACACACGUCUUCUACCCCUAGGCAUGCCCCAUCCCCAGAAGAUGAAUAUGAACUUCUCAUGCCUCCCAGAAUCUCCUCUCACUUUCUGCAACAGCCACGUCCACUUGUGGCCCCUUCUGAGACUCAGUUUUCCCAUUUAUAGUGACGUGGUUAGACUGGCAUUUGUUUAGCACCAGCAAAUACAAGGUGGGAUGGGGGAUCUGCCUGAAGCAGGGAUGGGAAACAAAGUCCCUCUAGCUUAUCUCCCACAGCAACCCUUUCCCUGCAGAGCACGGUUUUUGUACCACAAGCCCUCUUAGAUAGCACACAGAAGCCAAAAUCUAAGAUCAACCAUUUAUCCUGAACAUCACCAUUUGAGAAAGAGCUAACCAUCUUUGGUUCUACACGGUUUGGAGAAUAUAGUGAUAGGAGCUAUGAAGCUAUGCAUACCCCAAGGGGUUCUACUCUUCUACCUGGGAUCUUCUUAUAAAAUGUUCCCAUGAUUGUUUUCUGAAGUCAAAAGGAAGCUUUACUCAUUAUACUAAGUAUGCCCAAGGGGGAGUUUACUCAUUACAGUGGCCUUCCAGCUCAGCUCCCACCCCAUGGGAGCCUGUGUUGCUCCUCUCACUCCGUGUGUCUAAGCCAUGUCUUCUACAUAGUGUCCUUUGACCUGUUGGCCCCCAUGGUCUGGUUUGUUACGUGAGUUGAAUCAAGAUGCUCUAAGCCAGAUGUUACAUAAUUUUAACCUAUAUGAUUUUAUCUUUAACUUUGUAUUUCUCCUUAGAAAUCUUAAUAAGACAAUUAUAGCAUCAGGCUAUGAUAAAGAAGAACGAUCCUUGGAGAUCUCAUAGUCGCACUAGCCUUUCUUGGCUGAGAGAGGAUAAUUUGCUCUAUGAUACAUUAAAGUUAGUGGCAAAAGUUAAUUUGGAGUCUGAUUUCCUACUGACUUCCAAUUUAGUCCUCCAGUAGGCUACAUAGAAAGCCCUCUGCAAUAUACUAAAUGCAUAUAAUUAAUAAUAUGUAUAAAAUAUGAAUACAAUGUCCACAUGAAGUGAACACAUCUACACCUCUUUGAUAAGCAUUCCUCUGUGUGUCCUCAUGAUUUACUUUCCCUUAUCUUUUCUUUAGUGUUCCUCAAAUUAUAUCUAUCCUCUAAACCAGGGAUCAGCAAACUAUAACUCACAGGCCAAAUCGCCCCACUCACUGUUUUUAUAGAUAAAGAUUUAUCAGAACACAGUUACACUAGUUUGUUUACCUACCAUCUAUGAUUGUUCAACCGUGGGAGAGUUGAGUAGUUGUGACAUGGACAAUAGGCCCCAAAGAGCCAAAAUAAAUAUACUUGGGCACUUUGUGGAAAAAACGUUUGCAGACACCUGCCCUAAAUGAUCAUAGUUUGAGAGAAACUUAACAGAAAUGUGUUUGGUUACUGAUGCAUAAGAGCAGGCACCAAUAAAACGGCAUAAAAAUAUUAAAUCACAGAUUGGAUGAGUGAGACCAAGACAAUUUAGCAAAUUCUACUAUUUCUGGAUUCACACCUGUGUCUUCUUCUUGCUGUUUUGUUUAACUCAUGGCUGCGGUCCUAACUUUAGGGAUGCUAAAAUAGUUUGUUUUGAAAGAGGUUUGUUAAGCAGUAGGUACAUUACGUUUACUAGACAGGCCCUUUGACCAGGUAAGUGACAGGGCUCCUAGUACAUUAUGUUUAGUUACUGUUUUCUUCUCAAAGUUACCCAGAGCAAAAUAACUUUGCUAUUUAAAAUGUGCCAAGUGCCAAAAUGAGGAGAAAUCCCGUGGCUUGAGCUUGAAUGUGUCACAGGUUUGCAGGGCCUUCAGCCAGGUGAUGGUCUUCAGCUAAAGAGCCAGCCGCAUCUCAGUAACUUGUCCUCUGCUAACAUCCUACUUUUAGCAAAAUUAUUUCACGUGGAACUCUAGCUGAUCCUUGGCCAGGAUAAGAUCCUCAAAAGGAGGUAAUCAUGUCAGCAGUGGAUAUUGUAUGAGAUGUAACAUGGCUUAGAGGAAAGAGUGUGGACCCCAGAGACAGGUCAUCAGUCAUUCAAAUCCGGAUUCUCUUCCUCCAUCUGUGACUUUGAACAUGCUAGUGGGGGCUCAGCUUCUUUACCCAUCAACAGGAGGAUUACAUCUAAUGUAGGCAAAUCAUCGAUUACAGAUGCCUAAUAAAUGAUAUCAAAGAGAAUAGAAAAACAAAAAUCUUUUAUGAUGUAUGGGAAAAAACAUGCUGAUGCAGCUGGUUAUUCAGGGUCACCCAGCCGUCCUCCAGCAAAGUAGAAAUACCAAAUCAAUGAGUUGAUGCUAGAAUUUUUCACAUGGCUACUUGACCAUUGUGGAAGUAAAUUGGUUGAAACACUCUUAGUAGGACAUGGUAAGUUAUGUUUGUUUGAACCUUGUCCUGUGAAAGCAUUAUCUGUCCCAAACAGUUAUCAAAAUGCUUAAGCAAAGAUAGUUAUUCUUAUAAUGAAAUUAUAACAGGGAUUUAUAAGAGGGAAUUAUAAGAGGGAUUAUAAAAGGGAAUUAUUUUUGAGCAGGGGGAGCCAUUUGGGAGUACUUCAAGAUACCCAGUAGAAGAUAUACAAUUAUGAUUUCUCAGUGAAAAGUAAAUUAAGAACAAAAAAAAUGAGUAAAAAUAUCUGAUGAAUGUAAUGUACUUAAUGUGUAGGAUGUCUCAAAUUUCCAGUAAAUAAAUUUUGAUGUCC